AUGGAGGAUUUGUCUCUCACAGGAACGUUUCUACUCACUUUGUUUGGAGAAAUUGAAAAUGUUAGAUUUGCAUAUUUCGCCUUGGCACUCUUUGUUUACUUGUCAAUAAUUGUCAUUAAUUUAACACUUACUUUAUUAAUAUUCCUAGAGAAGAACCUGCAUGAGCCCAUGUACAUAUUUUUGUGUGGACUAUCUGUUAAUUCACUGUACGGAACUGCUGGCUUCUUCCCAAGAUUCUUAGCUGAUCUUCUAUCAGACACUCAAACUAUCACUCGUGCUGCCUGCUUCACUCAGGCAUUCAUCAUCUACAGCUAUGCAAUUUCGGAAUUUUCAAUGUUAACAGUGAUGGCCUAUGACAGGUACGUUGCAAUAACAGAACCUCUGCAGUACAACAUCAUAAUGACCCCCAGGCACAUUUCUGUUCUGAUGGCCGUUGCCUGGCUCUAUCCAGUGUUUUGCAUGGGAUUGAUUAUUAUGUUUUCAGCCAGGUUGCCUUUGUGUGGAAAUCAGAUAGAAAGAUUAUAUUGCUCUAACUGGUCUAUAGUGAAGCUGUCCUGCGUCAACACAACUCUUAACAAUGCUGUAGGUUUUGUCAUUUCAUGUAUCAGUUCCGUUCUACCCCUGUGUUUUAUUUUGUAUUCGUACAUAAAAAUUCUUAUUGUUUGUCAAAAAAGCUCCAAGGAAUUCAAAAACAAAGCUUUGCAAACUUGCCUCCCACAUUUAAUAUCACUGGUGAACUACUCAAUAACCGUCUUAUCUGAGGUGAUUCUAAAUCGAUUUGAGACUAAAGAAAUGCUCAAAAUAGUGCCUGUCAUCUUAUCACUGGAGUUUCUCAUAAUACCCCCACUUCUAAAUCCCCUCAUUUAUGGUCUUAACUUGCCAGAGAUUCGAAAAAGAAUUAUACUUUUGUUUAGAAAUAAAAAAAUCUUGAUUCAAUAG